AUGCUCAAGGGCUUCAUGAAGGGCAUGCGGCUGCCCGCGUCCAAGGUCUUGCCAUCCUUCGCCGCCCUCCGUGACUACGGCAACACGUCAUCGCCCUCCACCUAUUACGUCAUGGCGUACCUCGAGUCGCUGUGCGGCAUACAGCGCGGCGACAAGGUCAUGCAGGUGCGCGCGCUGGCGUGA